AGGGCCGCCGUGCGAGAGCCGUUCCCGCGCGCCGUCCCGGUCUCGCGGAGCGCUUCCUGCGCAGCCGCGCCGGGCGCGGGCCGGCGCAUGCGGUGCGUGCGGCCGCCGCUCCGGGCAGCUGCCGCCGCGGCCCGCCUGCCGGGACGCUGCCCGCGGGCCGGGGCGGCUGCGGGGAGAGCGCCCGAGGCGGCUCCGUCCGCGCAGUGCCUCGCUGGGAGGCAAGAGGCUGAGCCCGGCGCACCCGCGGAGUAGCGCAGGGCUGGGCCUGGCAGCGGCGCAGGUCAGUGGGGACGCGGGGAGGGACAAGACGGAGCGGCUGCGGCGUGCGGGAGCCGCUGCAGGGGCCAUGGGCUUCGGCGGAGCCCAUCCAGGCACCUCCCGCGGCCUGGCAGGCCGGAACGGGCCCUGUGGCGGAGGCCCCGGAGCUCAUGCAGGGCCUGCUUAUAAAAGCUGGUGUUUGGCCUCCUGCGCUCCCCGGUGGCCCCCGUUCCGUGAGUCCCGCUGACGCUCAGCCUCCUGCAGAGACCCGGAGCUCUCCAGCUGGGCCCGUGCGUGCGGUAGUUUUUUUGUGAAGAAAUGGCCUCCACCAUUGAAAAGGAAAAGAGUGUGAAUCCUGUGCUCAGAAUAAGUCAACUUGAUGCUCUUGAACUAAACAAAGCUCUGGAACAACUAGUGUGGUCCCAGUUUUCCAGUUGUUUUCAUGGAUUUAAACCAGGGGUGUUGGCUCAUUUUGAACCAGAAGUAAAAGCAUUUUUAUGUCUCAUAUUAUGGAAAUUCACUAUCUAUUCCAAGAACGCAACUGUGGGACAGGCUAUUCUCAAUAUUCAGUACAAGAAUAACUUAUCUCAGACAGAGAAAUACCAACCUCUGAGCAAACACCAGAAGUUAUGGUAUCUAAUUUUCACUGUUGGUGGAAGAUGGUUGGAAGAAAGAUGUUAUGAUUUAUUUAGCAAUCGUCAACAGCAAUCUUUCGGCAAAAUUAAGAGCUAUAUUAGUUUUGGAUCUGGACUUCUUAAGCUUUGUGGACUUAUAAAUUUUCUGAUUUUUCUUCGGAAAGGAACAUUUGCAACACUUACAGAACGCAUUCUAGGAAUUAGGUCGGUUUUUUGCAAGCCACAAAGUGUUCGUCAGAUAGGAUUUGAAUAUAUGAACAGGGAGCUCUUAUGGCAUGGCUUUGCUGAAUUUUUGAUAUAUCUGCUACCACUUGUUAAUGUACAGAAACUGAAACUUAAAAUUUCUUCUUGGUGUUUGCCUAUCACAGGUCUUUCCAAUAGUGAAAACACAUUAGCAGCUCACUGCAGGGAGUGUUCACUAUGUGGAGAAUGGCCUACCAUGCCACAUACCAUAGGCUGUCCACAUGUUUUUUGUUACUACUGUAUUAAAAGUAACUUUUUAUUUGAUAUGUAUUUUACAUGUCCUAAAUGUGGCUCAGAGGUACACAGUCUUCAGCCAUUGAAGUAUAAAAUUGAAAUGACAGAAUUGCAUGUCUGAUGUGAGGUUGAUACAAUUUUGUACUGUACAUGAUAUGUAUUAAAGAGAUUAAUGGAAGACUUCAGAAAUUAUCGAAAGCACACUGCUUAAAGAUGGCUUUGGAGACUGUAAUUUAUUGUAACAUGUAUUUUUACUGGUUUUAGGUGUUUAUUGAGUAACAAUGCCAUUAUGCCCUACCCCAGCUGGUGGCUAUGGGAAAGGUAGUUGAAUUUACUCUGGGUGAUGUGUGGGAGAAACAACAACAUUCUCAGGAGGUUCAAUAAGAACUUCUACUUGCAAACUUUAGAAUAUUCCAAUUGAAACUUUGACUUAGCAAUCUUUAACUUACCCAGACACAGUGCCAUUAUCAGCUUAACUACUAGAUGGAUUUAGUGGAAAUGUUGUUCUUUUCAUGCCUAAAGAAUAAUUUUAAAUUUGAAUUCCCAGCAUGAUAUUACACUAAAAUAAACAAAGGUGUAAAGAAGGUGCAAGCAAAAUAGUGUACCUUCUAGACCUUCAUAAGACAACAACUAAUUUUCUCAGGCAACUGUGUCUCUGAUCUUCAAUUACAUAUAUAUUGCCUUCCACCUCUUCCCUCAGAAUCUGAGGGAUGAAACCCAUCACACAUCGGAAUGUGGCAGCUGUUCAGGGUAACCCACAUUCUUCUGAGUCAGAGACACUGAAGAAAACUUUUUUCUCACAAGAUGCUGUCUGUAGGAAUUACCACUGAAGUUUUUUUGAUGUGGUCAGGGUUGGUGCCAAAUCUCAGAGUUCACUUCCACACAGAAGAUCAAACACAGUUAUGUGCAUUUUAAUGGUGCAUUAAAAUGGUAAUUUGCUGCUUUGUGCUUUCACUAUUUGUUUUCUUAGUAGGCUUUGCAAUGUUUUAAUUGUUCUAACACUUUAUCCAUUUACUCUUCAACCUGGGUUUAUAAGAUUAUUUUCUUUUUAAUUGCAAUCCUUUUUUAACAGAAGUCUUACCCGGAAGAGUCUCAUUACACAAAAAUACAUUACGUCCUCUUUUGAAUCUUAAAUUGUCAAAACCAUAUAAAUUGAAUGAAUAGCUUUAUGGCGGCUCUGUUCUUGAUUGGCAAUCAUCAAUAGUCAGUCCCAAAAAUAUAAGGGUAACAGCUGAUUGAGUAUCUUUGAUCUACUUUUAUGAAAUGGUUUAUUACAGUCUUCAUUUUACAUCCUGAUUAGAGCAACCCACUAGCCUGUUUGUUUGAAGAUCUUAAAUUCUAGGGUUUGAUCUUUAGAGUGACACAAAGUACUUUCAUCUGGUGUAAUUAGAUAUAGUUAGCAGGUGGGCAGCCCAAAACUUCAUUAAUUCUGCUACUGUUCUGUGAGUCAACUGAGACUUCAGAGCAAGUGCUUCCAAAUAUUGUGCUGCAAUAUUAUUUGCUGUCAAAUGUGUAUAUUAGCAGCCUGCCAUAUUUCUGUUAUUUGCUGUUGCAAUUAGAAUCAGCAGGUGCAAACCUUUUUUAAUUAGAGUAUGAAAGCUGACAAGUCAUUUAGAUAACAUCCUGAAGUUACUUCUUGAUCCUGAAGAAAUGUUGUAUGAAUUGUCCUUCCACAUCACUUAAUAGCUUUUCCCAAAAAAAUGUAUUAUCGACCCUGACUUAAAGGUAAUCUAACGUCUCCAGAAACAGCAUCAGCUUUUUUGGUACUGUGGUCUUUAAUUGUGUUCAUUCAUUAAGACUUGUAUGCGUCCAAAAUCCAGUGUUUGUUGCUUACAAUCAUAACAGACUUUUGUUUGCUGUGGAGUUUUCAUUUAUUUCAAAGUCUCAGAGCAAUAUUUUAUCAAAAGAGCAUGGAUUCUCUGUAUUGGUCUCUGCUAGGUGUCAUGUCUUUCUUAUGUAGGAGUUAGCUUCUUUCCUAUGUAGAAAUGUUUCAUUUUCCUCAGUAUUAAAGAAUGUUACCUUCCUUUUUCAUUCCAUCUCCCUCUGUCCUUCUGUUUGAUUUGGGUAAGCUGUAUUAAAUUCCUGGGGUUUGUUUUGUCUCUUGAAACUUCAUGCAGGUAAAGUUUGUACUCUGUUUUUCAUCCCUACUACACUAUGAAUACAAAACCUGUUCCGAGCAGUUUAGUACCUCAGUUGUACAGCUGUUUCCUGCUGGCUCUGCUAUAUUGCACUUUACUGUUGGGUUUUGGAAUUAAAAUUUUAAUACUUAUGCUUAUUAUAGCAAAGUGUUGUUCUACUUCUGUAGCACGUCCUCAUCACUGUGUUGGGUUUGUAACCCAUAGCACUAACAAAGUUUGUAAAGUCAGCAUCUUGUGGCAUAAACAGUUUUUGUUGCCCUAAGAUCCUAGAUCUUAAGGUGGGGGUUCAGUUCUUUUAUUUUCCAUGCAAUUAAGCAGGUACCAAGCAUCUCACAGAAGUAGAUAGUUUGGGAAAAGAACAGUUGUUUAUAUCAGAUGCAGUUUGGGUUUUUUUUUUUAUCUCCCAUAUGGUAAAACCUUUGCUCAGUUGUAGUUGCAGCUGAGAUUAAUGAGACCAGGGUUCCAGCUUGAAUAUUGAAAAACUAUUUGUUACCAGCUUACCUUUUUAGUACUUCAAAAUCAAUAUUCAGCAUUUUCCUGAAGCACUUUAAAGUUAAAUAUAUACUUUUUAAAAUGUUUUAAUUCUGUUUUGUUGUGUCUUGUGAUCUAUAAGCUGCAGAAGAGUCUUAGUUGAAGAUAUUGCAGGAAAAAUAUCAAAUAAUUUGUAGACUAAUCAAAGGAUAAUUAGUUUUACAGAUUAAUUACCUUGAUAAUUUGUCCUCAUAAGCAUUGUAUUUUUCAGGUUUAAACUCUACUUUAAGAAAGGACUGCUACAUCUGGUCCUACUCCCUGCAGUAGAAGGAAUAAAACUUGUUGUGGAAUGUUUAUCUUUAAACAAAAGGAGUUAGUAUUCAGCUACCAUUAGAAUGUAUGUGUGAGUACAUUCUAAUGGUGUAUGUACAUCAGUGAAAAGGAUAAAUGCUUAGACUUUAAGGAAGGUAGAGGACCAGAACUUCUAUUCAGUCUUGGAUAGGAGUUACAGCCUUGUAUUACCAGCUUUCUUUGUGCUCUGUUGACUUUCUGUGCUACAUUAACAUUUUCAUUAUCAAAAAUCAAAAAAUGAAGGCAUAAAUGAAACAGACUAAUUACAUUAAUAAAUAUACUAGAAGAAUUUUCAUUUCUUCAUUUGAAUGAGAAUUACCAGUUGCCACAAAGUGUGAUUCAGGAGGCAUUCAGAUGAAAGAACUUAGAGAGUACUGAGUUUUACUUCCACAAACCAUCACCAUUCCAUCUACUCUAUAUUUUAAGGGAGUUCUUAUAUAAAUAAUUUUACAGAAGACUUAAAAGCGUGAGUUUCUGUAAAAGAAAUGAGAGGGAUACUAUUUGAUUUCUGCCUUACCUGGAAAUAUUUUUGUGAGAUAUGAUGGACAAGGAUGAUCUCAGCAUUAGUAAAGAGAUGAAAGAUGAAAGAUCUGUAUUUGCUAAAUACAAUCUAUUAUAAUGUUCUUAUUUGAGAGUGCUAAUUGUUAUCUGGGAUGUGUCAUUCUUAAUGAAAACCAAGUUGACAAAUAAAUGAUACUUUUUAACAGGA